ACUGCGAAUUCAGCACUAACUCAAAGAUGUAUAACAACAAAAAAUGCAAAUUGUUUUUCCAUAGUUUCUUCAAAUGUUAUAAUUUGUUUAGAAAAUACUACUGUUUCUUCCCAGAAGAGUAACUGGACCAGAUGGGCCAACAGAAUCUAACAGUGUUCACUGAAUUCAUUCUAAUGGGAGUCACAAGGCACCCUGAGCUGCAGCUCCCCCUUUUUGGCGUCUUUCUUAUUAUCUACAUGAUAACAGUAGUGGGAAACCUGGGGAUGAUCAUCCUGACCAAGGUGGACUCCCACCUACACACACCUAUGUAUUUUUUCAUCAGACACCUGGCCUUCAUUGAUCUUGGUAAUUCUACCGUCAUUUGCCCCAAGGUGCUGGAAAAUUUUGCUGUGGAACAAAGCACCAUUUCCUAUUAUGCAUGUGCCACACAGAUGGCUUUCUUCAUUUUGUUCAUUGUCAGUGAACUUUUUAUGCUGUCAGCCAUGGCCUAUGACUGCUACAUGGCCAUCUGUAACCCUCUGCUCUACAAUGUUAUCAUGUCCCCAAGACGUUAUCAUGUGCUCGUGGGUAUUCCAUACCUCUAUAGUACUUUUCAGUCUCUGAUGUUCACCAUUAAGAUUUUCACAUUGACCUUCUGUGGCUCUAAUGUCAUCAGUCAUUUCUACUGUGAUGAUGUCCCCUUGAUACCUAUGCUCUGCACAAAUGCACAAGAGGUACAGUUGUUGGUCAUAAUGUUUUCAGCAUUUAAUUUGAUAUCCUCUCUCCUGGUUGUCCUGCUGUCCUACCUGCUGAUUCUGAUAGCCAUAUUUCGAAUGCAUUCUGCUGAGGGCAGGAGAAAAGCUUUCUCCACAUGUGGUUCUCAUCUGACAGUGGUGGUUGUAUUUUAUGGAACUCUAUUAUUUAUGUAUAUGCAACCCAAAUCUGCUCACUCAUAUGAUACUGACACAGUGGCCUCUGUGUUUUACACUUUGGUCAUCCCCAUGCUUAACCCUUUGAUAUACAGCUUAAGAAACAAAGAGGUAAAAGAUGCGUUCCACAGAGUUUUUAAAAACUGAUGCCAGCUUUGUAUUUAAUAUUCGAUAUUCAACCUCGUUUUAGUAAACAAUGCCAAAGGUAAUAUCAUUUGACAAUAUUUCUUACAGAUAUAAAUGUAUUCUCUUUGGUUCCAAAGCAAAGACUAAUUAUAAAUCCUAGACAGAUUUUUUUUUAGAUUAUACUCAGACAAACCAAUCCUUUUUUUAGAUGUC